AUGUCACCCCUGUCUGACUCCGCCGUAUGUUACCCGGGUUGCCAUGGCAACGCGGUGUUGAUGUUUCCUGAAGAGGGUUGGGCGCGGAGUGCUUCUUCAUCAUAUUGGACGCUGCAGCCCUGCUGGUGGCGACGCUCUCGCUGCAAGGUCGUCGAAGUUGCUGGCACGAGAAGGCACAGUACCCAAGCACGAAUGGUUGUAAGUGGCGUGAAUGCUGUAUACAUCGUUGGUAGCUUCAAGCAUCUUGGAACAGAUGCUGAUUUUAAGCUUUAUUUGACGACGAACGUGACCCAAGCCGACUUCAACAUGGGUUACACGAUGACGGGAACCCUGGAGAGAGGCAGCCGAUCCACAAACACCUUUCAAGUGACCCAUUUUGCUGUUCUUCGGCGAUGUGACCACGAGUCGCACCAUCUUAAGAGUGCAUAA